AUGCAACAGAAAUUCGACGCCCUUCAACGGCAAUCCACCUGGACUCUCGUUUCCCCUCCACCUGAUAAGCCGGUACUAGGCUGUAAAUGGGCGUACAAAAUCAAGCUUCUCCCCAGCGGCCAAGUCGAGCGUUACAAAGCAAGACUCGUGGCUCUCGGCUAUAAUCAACAGUUUGGGAUAAACUAUACCGAGACUUUUAGCCUGGUUGCUAAGAUGCCCACUAUCCGCCUUCUACUCACUCUCUCGCUCAACCAGCAAUGGCUCAUGUAUCAACUGGACAUCUUCAACGCCUUCCUUCAUGGCGACCUACCGGAUGACAUCUACAUGUGA